CAUAGAGGCGCGGUGAUCGCUCUUAGAUUGAGGUUAGAUUUAAAUAAAAACGCGAGACAACGUGGGUAUCAUAAGUUAUCAUUUAUACUUCUUUGGAACCUUUAUAUUAUUUGCAAAUAUGGUUCGCAGAAAAAGAACGAAGAAACCUCUGAAUAAUGAGGACAUUGAUGAUAUUGAUGAUGAUAUGGAGGAUGUGGAUAUGAAUGCUGUGACAGAUUCAGAGGAAGAAUAUACAGAAACCGAAAAGAAAUUGCUUGAGAAAGUUCGGAAACAGCGCACCACUGAGAAUUUUGAUAGUGACGACGAAGUUUACGGACUGCAAGAUGGCAGCGAGGAUGACGAAGACGAUCAGCAGGACUCUAUGGAGUCUGAUAUUGAAGGGAUGCAAGAAGAUUACGAUUUGCCAAAUGACAGGGCCUGGGGUAGCAAAACAAAAGCUUUUUACUCGUCAGAUUUUAAAUAUACGGAUUAUGCAUCGGCGCCUCAAAAGGACUUGAUCAAUGCGGAGAUGGAGGAGGAAGAAGGAAAGAGGCUACACUUGAGAUCAAUGGGACAACAUUUGGCUCUUGAUGGUUCAAAUUUUAUCAAGAAUAAAGUAGCUGAAGUUACAGAGGACAUUAAAAUUGUUCAAGAUGAUUCUAAACAAGUAUCUGAUAAAGAAUCUUUUAUGAUUAUGGUUGAUACCUUUAAAGAAUACAUGACGGAAGUAAAGGAUAUUUUAGCACCCUUCCUAGAAUUGGUUAAGGAUGGAACGUGUCCUGAAUGCGAUGCAGUAACUUUUGCCAGAACUAAGUAUGAGAUUAUAUUAAAUUAUUGUACAAACAUCUCGUUUUGUUUACUGCUGAAAACCAGAGGAAAACCAGUAAAAUCGCAUCCAGUUGUAAAGCGCCUGGAGCAGUACCGUCAUUUGCUCGAUCAAUUACAAUUACAGCAGGGAGACUUGCUGGAACAAGUAACGGAAAUACUGAAAGCAGUUAAAGAAGGUAGACCACUCUACAGCAUAUCAGAUGGUUCUCGAAUACAAUCUAAUAAAAAGACACCAAGACUUCUCAGCUUGACUAAAAAGCUGGCACGUAAAAAAGAAGAAGCAAUAAUGCGAGAAGAACAGUUAUUAUCUGACAGUAUAGAUGAAGAAAGCAUGGAUGAAGAUUUAGAUAUCGAGGAGAAGCAUGAUGAUAAAUUUUUGGCUGAUGAAAAGGACAAUACCAUUCUAAAUACCAUGGACGAAGAAGCUAAAAGAGCGAUAACGUACCAAAUUGCGAAAAACAGAGGUCUUACGCCUUAUCGCAAGAAAGAAUUGCGCAAUCCAAGAGUGAAGCACAGAAAUAAAUAUCGUAAAGCAAAGAUUCGCAGAAAGGGCGCGGUGAGAGAGGUGAGAACGGAACUGACUCGUUACUCAGGCGAGAUCUCGGGUAUCAAAGCAGGUGUGAAGAAAGGCAUUAAAUUCAAAUAAUGGAAAGAUUUUAUCCCAUAUAAAUUAUGUGCAUAUUUUUUCUGAAUAUAUGAAUAUUAUUUUUAA